AGCAGCUCGGUGCCCGCGCAGUCAGCCCGGCCGCGUCGGACCCGCGCCCGCCCGCGCCGGGGCGCCCUCUCCACCGCGCGCGGUACAAGGAAAUGCUAGAACUGGUGAUCUCACCCAGCCUCACUGUCAACAGCGAUCGUCCGGGUAAAUUGAAGCUUAACCGUCCCGCCGCCGAUGUCCGGACUCUGAGUGACGUAGAAGGCGUCACCACAUCGGCCCCUCCGAGUGUGUCUCAGUUCUUCUCAAGACCUUGCCCACGCGCCCUGCCCAGCCAGCCUGCCACAGCCAUGGCAGCCUACGGCCAGACACAGUACAGCGCGGGGAUCCAGCAGGCUGCCCCCUACACCACCUACCCUCCUCCAGCACAAGCCUAUGGAAUCCCUUCUUACAGCAUCAAGACAGAAGACAGCUUGAACCAUUCCCCCAGCCAGAGUGGAUUCCUCAGCUACGGCUCCAGCUUCAGCACCCCACCCACUGGACAGAGCCCAUACACCUACCAGAUGCACGGCACAGCAGGGAUCUACCAAGGAGCAAAUGGCCUGACCAACGCAGCCGGAUUCGGAAGUGUGCACCAGGACUAUACUUCCUACCCCGGCUUCCCUCAGAGCCAGUAUUCCCAGUAUUACAGCUCAUCCUACAGCCCUCCUUACGUCCCAGCCAGCAGCAUCUGCCCGUCUCCCCUCUCCACAUCCACCUACGUCCUCCAGGAGGCAUCUCACAGUGUCCCCAACCAGAGUUCUGAGUUGCUUGGCGGGGACUAUAACACCCACAAUGGACCUUCCACACCGGCAAAAGAGGGAGACGCAGACAGGCCACACCGGGCCUCCGAUGGGAAGCUCCGAGGCCGGUCCAAGCGGAGCAGUGACCCCUCCCCAGCCGGGGACAACGAGAUCGAGCGUGUGUUCGUGUGGGAUUUGGAUGAGACAAUAAUUAUUUUUCACUCCUUACUCACCGGGACUUUUGCAUCCAGAUAUGGGAAGGACACCACGACGUCAGUGCGCAUCGGCCUGAUGAUGGAGGAAAUGAUCUUCAACCUUGCAGAUACACAUCUGUUCUUCAACGACCUGGAGGACUGCGACCAGAUCCACGUUGAUGACGUCUCCUCUGAUGACAAUGGGCAAGAUUUAAGCACCUACAACUUCUCGGCCGACGGCUUCCACAGCUCGGCCCCGGGAGCCAACCUGUGCCUGGGCUCGGGCGUCCACGGCGGCGUGGACUGGAUGAGGAAGCUGGCCUUCCGCUACCGGCGGGUGAAGGAGAUGUACAACACCUACCGGAACAACGUGGGCGGCUUGAUAGGAGCUCCCAAAAGAGAGACGUGGCUACAGCUCAGAGCCGAGCUGGAAGCGCUGACCGACCUCUGGCUGACCCACUCUCUGAAGGCGCUCAACCUCAUCAAUUCCCGGCCAAACUGUGUCAAUGUGCUGGUCACUACCACUCAACUAAUCCCUGCCCUGGCCAAAGUCCUGCUGUAUGGACUGGGCUCCGUGUUUCCUAUUGAGAACAUCUACAGUGCAACCAAGACAGGAAAGGAGAGCUGUUUCGAGAGGAUAAUGCAGAGAUUCGGCAGAAAAGCCGUCUACAUCGUGAUCGGUGACGGCGUCGAAGAGGAGCAGGGGGCAAAGAAGGUGCCUCCCUCUCAUCCUGGAGGAAAACCUUUCCCAGACGUCCCUCACCACCUUCCUCACUGGCUUCAGUAGGUAGGUCACAAGUCAGGAGGGAUACAGGACACAUCCCUGGCACACAGGGCUGGGGUUGUCACAGCUCGCUUAGCUGAUCAUAGCUCAUCCCCUAGGUCUGGGCACAGAGCUGCCAAAUGCCAAUUUCGGGGAGCAAGAAAGAAGGGAAGGUGGUAUUGGGCAGGCAACAGCUUCGGCCAAUGGUUCGAUUUUCCGGUUGAUAAAAAUGCAGCCAGCUUGCUUCUGUGGAGCCUGACAUGACCUCUCUGUGGCUCAGUGCCCUCAUCUGUGCCCUAAGAACAGAGUGUCUCCCUGAGGAUCGGAGGCCAGGUUAAAGGAGGUCACAUGGGGGGCCCCGUGAGCACGGUGCCUGGCGCACAGCACGCCCUCCCCAGAUGUGAGGACUAUGAUCAGGGGGCAUGGCUGGUCGGUGACUGAACUCUGCUGAAAUCCAUUCUCUUGCUUCUCUCUCUCAUCCCCAUUUGAAAAAGGUGGUUGUGUUUUUGUCUCUAGAUUUUUUGUUUUGGCAAUUCAGCGAGAUGGGAAACGGAAAGCGCUAGCACAGGGACUGGCUCCCCAGCGAUGGAUUUAAGAGACAAUUAUUUAAAACAGUGGGUAUAGGGGCCCCUGGGUGGCUCCGUCGGUGACACGUCUGCCUUCAGCUCAGGUCAGGAUCUCAGGGUCCUGGGAUCAAGCCCCAUGUCAAGAUCCUGGCUCAGCGAGGAGUCUGCUUCUCCCUCUGCCUCUCCCAUACCCUCCCUCGUAUGCACCCUCUGUCUUCAGUCAAUCAAUCAAUCAAUCAAUCAAUCAAUCAAAACGAAACACUGGUAUCACAGGCUGACACAGGGAAAUCCAAACUAGGACACCUUUCCCCACCCCCAGUCCUGCACACGGCACUCCACAUGUACUCGUGGCUGUGGCUGUUCAUUCCAGCCCCCUCACGUCCACGGGCCCCUCGACAUAAUCCUAAUAGCAGCCCUUAGCAGGUGGCCACGCACCACGAAAAGCCGCAGCAGCUGUCUACGGCAAACAGGAUCUCCAUUUCACAGGAAAUGUUUUCGCAGGAAAGCAAACCACUGUGGGUCCACCGUGGCCUGCCUGCCCCACGCUGGCUGGGACCAGCUCUGUGUGUUGAGAUGGAGUUUAGCAAAUGUUAGGAGGAUGAAGGACACACGAGCACCAGGCUGAGGCUUUCUUUUCCAAGUAGUGGGAUCAAGGACAACUUUUUAAGAAGGAAGGACUUUCUCACUAUCUGACUUCAUCCUGUGUCAGGGCACCCCCUAAGACCUAAGGCCUUCCCAAAGGAGGGGAGAGGGUCAAACAGUGCACCAGGCAGCGAGGGAUGAGCCAGGCAGCGAGGGAUGAACCAGACACCUAGGGAUGAACCAAGCAUCUAGGGAUGAACCAGGCAGGGAGGGAUGAACCAGGCACCUAGGGAUGAACCAGGCAGGGAGGGAUGAACCAGGCACCUAGGGAUGAACCAGGCAGGGAGGGAUGAACCAGGCACCUAGGGAUGAACCAGGCAGGGGGGGAUGAACCAGGCACCUAGGGAUGAACCAAGCAUCUAGGGAUGAACCAGGCAGGGAGGGAUGAACCAGGCACCUAGGGAUGAACCAGGCAGGGAGGGAUGAACCAGACACCUAGGGAUGAACCAAGCAUCUAGGGAUGAACCGGGCACCGAGGGAUGAACCAAGCAUCUAGGGAUGCACCAGGCAGGGAGGGACGAGCCAGGCAGCACGAGCUCCGGGGGCAGAGACGACAGUGCGGCCGGAUCGGUGGGCGCU